UACCUGUCUCUCUCUCUGUCAGGUGGGGUCUGUAUCGCUCAGUCAGUGAAGAUUCCUCGUGAACCGACCGAUGGAGAGUUCGAUAAGAUCAUCAGACGUCUGAUGGAGACGAGUAACGCCAGAGGCGUCAUCAUCUUCGCAAACGAGGACGACAUCAAGUGUGUCCUAGAGGCAGCCAAGCGUGCUAACCUGACGGGUCACUUCCUGUUUGUGGGUUCAGACAGCUGGGGAGCGAAAAGUUCACCAAUCACAGAGCUGGAAGACGUCGCUGAGGGCGCGGUCACCAUCCUGCAGAAACGAGUGUCGAUUGAAGGCUUCGAUCAGUACUUCACGUCUCGUUCUCUGGAGAACAAUCGCAGGAACAUCUGGUUCGCUGAGUUCUGGGAAGACGACUUCAGGUGUAAACUGACGCGACCUGGAAUCAAACUGGAUCCUGAGAAGAAAAAAUGUACAGGUGACGAGCGGAUUGGUCGGGACUCGUCCUACGAGCAGGAAGGGAAGGUUCAGUUUGUGAUUGACGCAGUGUAUGCCGUUGCUCACGCUCUGCACAGCAUGCUCCAGAACCUGUGUCCGGGCAGUGGCGGCGUCUGCAGCACCAUGGACCCUGUGGAGGGACGCUCGCUGCUCAACUACAUCAGAGCCGUCAACUUCAACGGAAGUGCAGGUACCAGUGUUCUGUUCAAUGAGAAUGGAGACGCUCCUGGACGUUAUGACAUCUUCCAGUUUCAGCUGACCAAUCACAGCCACCCUGGAUACCGUGUCAUCGGCCAGUGGACCAAUAACCUGAGACUUAAUUUGGAGGACAUGCAGUGGUCUGGUGGAGAUAAAUUAGUUCCUGACUCCAUCUGUAGUUUUCCUUGUAAACCAGGAGAGAGGAAGAAGAUGGUGAAGGGAGUUCCCUGCUGCUGGCACUGUGAG